CGGUCUUUCCACUCCCAGUUCUGUUCCAAGCUCAGACGGACACCCUGAAUGGUCCUUAAGCGAGUCCUCAGUUUCCAUUCCCAAGUUCCCAGCAAAACCCACCGCCAGAAGAAAGAAGGAGACUUCGAGAUGUCGCCGCCCCUCCCCUUCUUCUCCCGGCUCACCCGAGAGCAGGAGUCCGCCAUCGUCGUCUCCGCCCUCGUCCACGUCAUCUCCGGCGGCACCACUCCCCCACCUGAACUGCCGCUUCCCGACACAUGCCGGCUCUGCAGCAUCGACGGCUGCCUGGGCUGCGACUUCUUCAUCUCGGCGGAAGAGGAGGCGACGACGACGACGAUGCAAGGGGAAGCAGUGAAGGUUGACAGCAGCUGGCCAAGGAAGAGGAAGAAGAAGAACAUGUACAGGGGAGUGAGGCAGCGGCCGUGGGGGAAAUGGGCGGCGGAGAUCCGGGAUCCACGGCGGGCGGUGCGCAAGUGGCUCGGGACAUUCGACACGGCCGAGGAGGCAGCGCGGGCCUACGACCUCGCUGCGAUCGAGUUCCGAGGGGCCCGGGCGAAGCUCAAUUUCCCGCUCCCAGAGCAAUUGCCGGCCGACGAAGCUCGUGAUUGUCCCCAGACCACGGCUCCUUCGCCCUUCGAUCAGCAGCACGAGCGCGGAGUGCAGCAAGGGGGAGCACGAGAUCAGGGGCAGGAGAUGGGGGAGUUGUGGGAUGGGUUACAGGAUUUGAUGGCGCUGGACGCCGGCGAACUCUGGACUGAUAUCGGAGCCGUCCUUCCUGAUCGUCCACAUUACUCCUAGCAGUCGUUCGAUUCGAUCACAAAGAUUAUUUUAUUCGUUGUAAUUUUUUACAGAUUUGUGUAAUAAUAAUUAGAGAACAAAUUAAAUUACCUUCUCGAGUGAAAAAUAUUACAAAGAUUUGGAUA